AUGGCCGAGACUCUUUCGCCGUUGCAUUCCCUUCUGCUAGGAGGGCUAGUUCUGGUGGCCUUAUAUAUAGUGGCACUGUACAUCAGCACCGAUAAAGCCCGUCAGAAAAUCAACAAGCAAUACGGCUGUAAAGCUCCUCCGAGAUACCCUUCCAAAGACCCUUUCUUCGGAAUAGACGCAAUCUAUGACACUCUUGGCGCCCUCCGCUCCAAAACCUUCUUGAGCCAGAAGAAGACUCACUACGAACGUUACGGAAAUACCUUCUCGGCCAAACUUUCAACCUUGUCCCUUAUCAAUACAAUCGAACCCGAGAAUAUCAAAACCGUCUUAUUGACUGCCUUCAGAGAUUUUGUUGUAGGUGCACCUAGACGUAAUGCAUUUUCACCGCUUCUUAAAAACAGUAUCCUUGUCUCUGACGGCACACAAUGGGAGCACUCACGAGCGUUCCUUCGUCCCAGUUUUUCGAGGAGCAGAGUCGGCGAUCUAUCAACAUUAGAGGUCCACGUUGGAAACCUCAUCAGGGCCAUACCACGUGAUGGAUCAACAGUAGAUCUAGGCGAUCUCUUCCUUCGCUAUACUGCUGACGUGACUACUGAUUUCAUGUUCGGCGAAUCAAUCCAGUCACUGUCGCAACCAGACUCCUUUCGAGUUGAUUUGAUGACAGCGUUUCGGGACGCCCAAUUGGGGGCGGAGCGGCGUUUCCGUCUAGGGAGCUUUGCAAAAUUCGUGCCUCAACCGACUUUUCACCGAGCAGUCGAGAGGGUACAUGACUAUAUGGACGCCCACGUUGACAGAGCCAUUGAAAAUCGCUGCUUGCAACAACAAUCUCGCAACGACGGAGCACAGGAUGACAAGAGAUACAUCUUUCUGCAUGAGCUCGCAAAAUUAACACGUGAUAGACAGAUACUCCGGGAUGAGCUCUUGGGGAUAUUUUUUGCAGGGCGUGAUACCACGAGUGCUCUCUUGUCGAAUCUGUUUUUCGUCCUUGCAAGGAGUCCUCAUAUUUGGCAGCGGCUUUGCGACGAGGUUGAGCAACUUGGCGGCGCGUACCCAACACUGGAUGAGCUGAAGGCCUUGAAGUAUCUGGGAUUUUGCUUAAAUGAGGGUCAGAGUUCAUCACUUCGACUCUAUCCUGUAGUUCCGGGAAGUUCACGUGUUGCACUCAAAGAUACGGUCCUCCCAAAAGGCGGUGGAAUCGAUGGAAAGUCUCCCAUCCUUGUCCCUGCAGGGACCCUGGUCAUAUUCCACUUCUUUGCCCUUCAUCAACGCAAAGAUCUCUGGGGACCUGACGCCUGUGAAUUUCGUCCAGAGCGCUGGCAGAAUGAGAAGGCUGGAUCCUGGAGUUUCUUGCCGUUUGGCGGUGGGCCGAGGAAUUGCAUUGGCCAACAAUUUGCCCUUACCGAGGCUUCCUAUACCACGGUCCGCCUGGUACAGGAAUUUUCAGCUCUGGUCAGCAGAGACUCGGAGCCGUGGAAGGAAAGCAUGGGAGCAACGUGCAGCUAUCCUAUCAUGCCACUGUUUGGCAAGUCCAAAAAGCGCAGGUCUGAUUCGGAGCCUCGCAAACCAUCGUCAAGCUCGCCAAUAUUUAAACUCACAGAUUUCUCGUCUCCACAACCUUCAUACUCUACUCCUGUCUAUCAGUCGUCGCAGCUUGUUCCUACGCGGUCGCCAGCAUGGCAACCUCCUCUUUCCUCUCCUCCCCAAUGCUUUGUUCCUCAACCCAACACACAGGUGGUCCCACCUCAAUAUUUCCCUGCGCCUGCGCCUGCGCCUACGCCCGCCCAUUCCUUGUCCCCUCCUCUUCCUCGAAAUCUAUACCCUGUCCAACCAUUGAUGCAGAUGUAUGGUCACCAGACAUACGGCCAACAGAAUAAGGGGAGCUCAUGCCAGAAUCUAUCGAAUACUAUUGCGAGACCUUGUCAAGUAGUCAAUGCGACUGUCAAUCGUACCACUGAGUAUCUAAACCGAGGAGCAGCGCUCUGCGACCAGGUGGCAAGCAAGUUCAACGAUGUCAUUAGUCUCAUGGAUGAGGAGACGUUUGUAGGCAACGAACAAGAUCUUCAACUGACCUACUACCAACCACCGCCUUCGUCUCCGCGUCAGCUUGUUGCUCAGCCUAUGACUCCUGGAGGACCUAGCAGAGCAUUGAUUCCUGCUCGAAAACCUGUUCCAACAAAAUCCAACGAGUGUCCGAUCACGCCAAAAGCACUCACUACGACCAAUGUCUUUGCGAAGGCAGCCAUGUAUGCGAACUCUCGUCUGCCGUCAGAUCUGCCGCCGUUUCGAGUCUACAUACCUACUUGGCCUUUGAUUUGUCUCGCCGCCCAAUACUCGUUGAACGCAUACCGAACGCCGCUCGGAGCAGAGAGGGACGCAUUUGUCGGGGCGGAUUGGCGAGUAGGCACCAAAGCUAUGGUGAUCAAAUCUGUACCAAUUGAUGACAUGAAUACAGUCGUCUUUGCCAUACGAGGGACGCAAACAUUCAUGGACUGGGCUGUCAAUUUGAAUACUGCUACCGUCUCACCGUCUGGAUUUUUAGACGAUCCUGGAAAUCUUUGCCACGCAGGUUUUCUCGACGUUGCGCGAAAAAUGAUAAAGCCUGUGGCUUUGAGGUUAAAGCAAUUGCUUGAAGAGAAUCCAAGUCGUGCGGCCUGUUCGCUUAUCAUCACGGGUCAUUCGGCUGGAGGAGCAGUUGCCAGCUUGCUAUUCAGCCAUAUGCUGAACACAUCCACCAAGAGUGAGCUCAACAUAUUGACUGGCUCUUUCAAACGCGUACACUGCGUGAUCUUUGGUGCUCCUCCCGUCAGCCUUCUUCCUUUGUCGAAACCUGCAGCUCAGGAAAGAAGGUUCGGGAAAAAUCAGUUCUUGAGCUUCAUCAACGAGGGUGAUCCAGUCACUCGGGCGGACAAGGCAUACAUUCGCUCGUUACUGGAGCUUUAUGCAAGCCCUGCGCCCAAGGCUGUCAGCUAUGGCCCCGCCGCAUCGAAUCAUAAGCUGACAUCGACCUCAAAAGUGAACGUGACCUCGAGUUUCUGGAACAACAAAUCAAGCAAGAGACCCAAAUUGCCGAAGCGACCUGCUACUGCGCCUGUGAUAGACCGACCAAUUUCGAAUGUGACAUGGAAUGUGCCACUUACCACGCUUUCAAACGCCGGCCGACUGGUGUUGUUGCGAACGCCAUCGAAAGGACGCAAUGAGGACGUGAAAGCGUAUAUCACCGCAGACGAUCAAUUACGAGGUGUGGUUUUCGGCGAUCCGCUCAUGCACCAGAUGAAGUUAUACUGCCGCAGGGUUGAGAUACUCGCGACCAAAGCAGCCACCGGACGCCUGAUUACCUGA